AAAGCAUUUCAAAGGGCGAAUAAGAGAUCAUGCAAAAGCAUCCAGCAAAGAGUGACUUUAAUUCAUGCAUCAUUCAGAUUAUUAUUUUUUUUUCCACACAACUUGAUACCUAAAUUUAUUUACAUUUUAAACAAUUUUAUCAUUGUUUUUUUAGUCUCUACUCCUAUAUAAAAUCUAAAACUCAACUUCUGUCUUUCAAUCUUUGCUAAGCAAUUUAAAUAUAUAGAGAAUAAAUUAAACUACAUAAUCCGCGCGUAACGCGGACAAAGGAUCUAAUGUAAAUAAAGAUUCAAUUAAAGAAAAGGUUAGAGAGAGAAAUAAAUAAAACCACAAAAAUAGAAAUAGAGGAUCCGUUUUUAUUUUGUCUCUUUUGCUCAGGUCUUGCCUUUGUCUGAAAAUCGCUCUCCUUCCUCCUAUUCGAUUUCCUUUGUCUAAGUUUUUUGAAUCCAUUGUCCUCUGAUUCUCUACGGAUCUUUUUUUAGCCUCGCUGAUGGAUGUGGAGACUUCUCCUAACCAUAAUGUGCCGAUGAAAUCUGCUGAGGAAGAGUCUCCUAAGCACAAUGUUGAAAUUGCUUGUGCAAAAACAUUGGAGGAGAACAAUGUGGAAGAGAUUAAAACUGUUGAGAUCAGAGAUGAGGACGGUUAUCCUAAACCCAUUGUCGAAACUGAGGAUAUAAUUGACGAGAUGGAGUCUAUAGACAUCCACGGAGAGGACAAGACUGUUUCUUUGGAGUGUGAAACACAACAAGAUAAGAUGCGUAGUCCUAGUAAUGAUUAUGAUGAUGAACAUGAUAGUGAGAGUUCACACGAUUCAAAAGAUGACGUUGAUGAAGAUGAAACAAUGGAUGAUAAAGAGACGACAAAGCCCGACUCACCAGAUUCUAAUCCUUCGACUUCUGCUUGGACGGAGAAAGCAGCUGCGAUCAAGAACUUCGUUAGAGUGAAGAGUGAAGUCGCAGUACAAACAGUGAUGCGCCGUCUUUCCGGGAGAAUGAAUGAUGACAAUGCUGUUUACGACGCAAGAGACGUUGAAACCAAAUCGGUGGAGUCCCCUAAAACAGAGGGAAAGUCGUCCAUAUGGAACCCGUUAAGCUACUUGAAGAUGAUGCAGAACAAUACGGUUGAUAAAGUAGAAGUGAAGAACGUGGAGGAGGCAGAGUUGGAGCCUGUAGUGAUGAAAGGUAGGAUUAUACUCUAUACAAGAUUAGGGUGUGAGGAAUGCAGAGAAUGUAGGUUGUAUUUGCAUGGAAAGAGGCUUAAAUAUGUGGAGAUAAAUAUUGAUAUCUACCCAUCUAGAAAGCAGGAUCUUGAAAAGAUUGGUGGAUCAUCUUCUUCAGAUGUUCCUAAGGUAUUCUUCAAUGAAGAAUUAGUCGGGAGUCUUAAGGGGAUUAAGGAAUUGGAUGAAUCAGGAGAGCUCGAUGAGAAGAUAAGACAUUUGAUAGAUGAAGCAUCACCUAGGGAAGCUCCUCUGCCACCAUUCUCAGGAGAAGACGAUGCAUCAAGUAAAGGUCAUGUAGAUGAACUAGCUUUAAUAGUGCAGAAGAUGAAGCUUUGCAUCGUUAAGGAUAGGUUUUAUAAGUUACGAAAGUUCAAAAACUGUUUUUCAGGUUCAGAUGCUGUGGAUUUCUUAUCAUCUGAUCAAUGUUUAGAAAGAGAUGAGGGAAAGAGAUAUAUAAGUAAUGUGAUCAAUAUGCUCUGUAUUUAAGCCGAUUUAUAAUCCGAUAUUUUUUGUUUCAUAGGCCAUUGAAGUUGCAAGAAAACUUGCAAGCCAACUCUUCUUUCAACAUGUCUUAGAGGAGAAUCUGUUUGAAGAUGGGAAUCACUUGUACCGGUUUCUAGAUGAUGACCAUGUCGUGUCAUCUCAAUGCCAUAACAUCCCUAGAGGAAUCAAUGAGAUAAAGCCAAGGCCGAUCCCUGAAAUUGCGUCAAGACUCAGACUUUUGUACCAAGCAAUUCUUGAAGCUUACACUUCGCCUGAUGGAAAACAUGUUGACUACAGAAGCAUUCAUGGGAGUGAAGAGUUUGCAAGGUUAAGAUGUUUGAAGCUGAUCAAAGAAGGCUUUUCAGUCAAUUUGAAGUCCGGGAGUUUUGUGACAACCUUGUGGAGGGUGUGGUGAAAGCCCUAAAGGAUGUCAGCAAGAUCCAAAAGAAGAGCACAACCACACGUGCAUCUGUAGCUAAGCCAUCCUUAUUCAUCAAUGAAAAACCCAAAGGUAAAUCUGAAAACAACCUUGAAGAUCAAAAAGAUUUUUCAGAUUCUUUACCAAUUUUUGAUGAGUAUGAUGAAGAGAUGAUUGAAAGUUUGAUCAUUUGUGAGGAUGAAUGUGAUCUUCCAUCUCCAAAAUCUGAUUUUAUGUUUGAUGAUGAAGAGACUAAUGGACUAACCUGUUUUGAACCGGAGCAUCCGAGUAGUCUUGUUCUAUUUUCACAGGAUUUUAAGGAAGAAUCAUUCGACUACUCACAUCAAGGACUGCUUCUUGGCACCAAGAGACCCAUGGACGAUGAUCUAGGUCCCAUAUUUGAUGAGGAAGACGAACCUGGUCAAACCUUUGAAGCGGAAGCACCAAGCGUAACAUCCAUCAUCAUGGAGAACCAACUUUGCUUUGAUCCCGGCACAGCUCCUACACCUUUGUUCAAAGAGCACUGUAAGGAACUUUGUAUCAUCAGUUCUGUGCCUGAUCUGUUUGAUAAAGUCAGUUCCAAUGACAUAAAAAUUUCUGGUCUUGAUCAUCUUGAAAAGUCAUUUGAGCUUGAUUUGCAACAACUAGUUUUCUGCUCUAGAAAAUCGUUUGAUUCAUUUGUCUUCAAAGAAAAUAGCUUUAGUUUGAGAUCUUAUGGACAUGAACUGAUCACUGGAAUUUUGUUUGCAUCCUCAUAUGCUUUGGAAGAUUUUAUGGUUAGCACAUUGCUGGAACAGAAUUCACAUAAAGCUGAAACCGAUUUUUGUGGUGAUUCUGUUUUGAAACCUGUCCAUUCUUAUUCUGAAUCUGAUCAAGUUAGGCACGUUUUGGAAAUGUUCUAUGGUAGUUCAUGCUUUGAAAACAUUCUGAUUUACAACAUCUUCUUUGAUAAACAUGCUGAGCCUUGGAUAAGAAAUUCUCAAUUUGAACUUAAUCUUUUGUGUUCUAAAUCUGAGAAACUUGCGCAUGAUUUGAAUUUGUUCUUUAGGAACUGUGCUAUCACGUGCCCUGACACCAUUCUUGUGUACAAGACUUAUUUUGAUAGGCUUCAUGAUGAUCUGAAACGUGUGCUACAUGUUCUAGGGAAAGAAACUUUGGUUUAUGAUCUGAACAAAUACUUGUCUUGUACAUAUGAUCCUGGUAUUUUAAUGUUUGUUUUGAGUGUCCAAGAUAAACAGGAUCAGUCUCCAAGAGCUGUCAGGAACAGAAGCAGAGAUCGUGCUUAUCAGUUUAAGACUUGGAGAUGCAUGUACUCGAGGAAACCAACUUCAAAACUCCAAGGAAGUUUCUUUCCAAAAUUUUCCUUCACUAAAUUUUACAUGAUUUUUAAAUUCUUUUUGUCUGAUUCAUUUCCUUUUGAUACAGGUAAAAUGGAUUUGAGGUCAAAUCCUUUUCAAGAGGGAGGGAAUGAUGCGCCUCGGAUCAUAGACCCGGGCCAGGAUGAUGCGACCAUGGCUGAGCCAGAUGAUUCUUCAACAAAGGACAAACCAGGGUGGAUUAAUGGUGAGGAUACUGAUCUAAAACCAGCUGAUGAGACUGAGGACGAGCUGGAACCAGCUGAAGAGAGUAUGCUUGAGCUGAAACCAGCUGAAGUGAUAGUAGAUGAGCUGGAUGAGCUGAGUGAGCUAAGUGAUACUAGCUUGGAGGUGAAUGAGCUAAGUGACACUGAAGAUGGAGCUGGUUUAGUUGCUGGGCGAAAUGAGCAUUUUUCAGCCCAAAGAAAAAUUCAUAACAAAUUCAAUUUGGGUCGGUUUUACACCAAAUUCGACCAGGCAUUUCCUCAGUCCAUUUCAAGCUCAUUCUCAUCAAGAAUGCCAAGAGGGAGUCAGCAAGGAAGUCUUGGUCGUGCAUGGGAAAAAGAAUUCAACAAAAAUCAUUAAUUUCGGUCUUUAGUCAAAGUCUUCAUUUCUAGUUUCUAUGUCUUGUUUUUAGCACAUUCUUCUUUGGAUUUCUACAACUUGUAAUCCUAUAUAUAGGGCCUAAGAACCACGAAAUAAGAUAAGCUUUUCCCCCUUUUA